AUGGGAGGUGGUCAGGUUUUACCAGAGUCUUCCGGCUAUCCUAAACUUAACUUCGAGCCCAAAGGCCAGCAAAUUCGUUCAAUCUAUCAGGACAGAAUUAAGCAGUUCACCGCACAUGGCCAGUAUGAAAGCCAAAACCUCCGCUCUAUGUGGAACUUUGAUACCGAGAGCUCGGAAGAUUAUGUGAAGCUUGAGAGCUACUCGGUUCCCGAUCUUGCGAGGCCUCUUUUUAAAGAAGCUAUCAAAGCUACUUUCAAACCUACCUGUAAAGGAAAAAGCUUUGGCCCAUCUUGGUCCACACAUUGGUUCAAGAUCAAGAUCAAGAUUCCCUCCAGACUCUACAAAUACGAUCGUCUUGAGUUUCACUGGGAUUCCAAUUGUGAGGGAUUACUCUAUACCGAAGACGGAGAGCCCGUCCAAGGUCUCACCGGAGGUGGUGAACGUGUUUCUUGGUUACUUCCCGAAUCCUGGAGAGACGAGAAGGAACACCUAUUUUAUGUCGAGAUUGGGUGCAAUGGAAUCUUCCAACUGACAAAAGCCGAUAUUGUAGCGCCUAACGUAGAGGCUCAGGCACUUUAUAUUGAUUACUGGAUCCUUGGGGACGCAAGCCGUGAAUUUUCUGGGGAAUCUUGGGAAUCACAUACGGCAACUCAAAUUGCGAACGAAAUCGUGAAUACAUUCGUUCCGGGCUCUCAAUACUCUAUCACAAAGUGUCGUAAGAUUGCUGCACGAUAUAUCGGAGACAAGGUCGAUUCGGCGAAGGUUUACGAUACCGACACCGAUCCGUUGGUCUUUGCUACAGGGCAUUGCCAUAUCGAUACUUGCUGGCUCUGGCCGUUUGAUGAAACGAAACGUAAGGUAGCCCGUUCGUGGGCUUCACAAUGCAACUUGAUGGACGAGUAUCCCGAGCACCGCUUCACAUGUUCCUCGGCUCAGCAGUAUAAAUGGCUUGAGAUGUACUAUCCAAAGCUUUUUGCCAGGGUUCGCGACAACGUCAAAAAGGGCAAAUUUCAAUACAUUGGUGGAAGCUGGGUAGAGCAUGAUACGAAUUUGCCCGGGGGAGAGAGCUUGGUAAGACAGUUCAUCCUGGGGCAACGCUAUUUCCAAAGCAGAUUUGGGGAGAGGUGCACCACCUUUUGGCUACCUGGUAAGGAGGACCUCCGCAUAGUACUGGCGGGAAUGACAAGAUUCAUGACCCAGAAAUUGUCGUGGAACAAUAUCAACAAGUUUCCGCACACAACAUUUAACUGGAUCGCCCUCGAUGGAUCUCAAGUCUUAUGCCAUAUGCCUCCAAGUGAAACAUACACUGCACAAGCACAUUUCGGGGAUGUCAAACGUUCUAUUACACAGCACAAAUCCAUGGACAAUGAUGCAACAUCACUUCUUGUCUUUGGUCAUGGUGACGGUGGUGGUGGCCCCACAGCCGAGCAUAUAGAGAAGCUCCGCCGUUGUCGUGGAAUCAGCGACACAGUUGGCUUGCUGCCCCGCGUAAAGAUGGGUGACUCUGUCGAUGAUUUCUUCUCCCGUCUGGAGAAGAAGGGUUCUAAGAACUUUGCUACCUGGUACGGGGAGCUCUAUUUCGAACUUCACAGAGGAACCUAUACGACUCAAAGUAACAAUAAAAAGAACAACAGACGUUCGGAGAUCUUAAUGAGGAGUUUGGAGAUGCUAGCUACUUAUGCAAGCUUAAAGUCAGGGGAUUACAAGUAUCCCAAGAAGCAUAUCGACGACCUAUGGGAGAUCAUCUGCCUGUGUCAAUUCCAUGACUGUCUACCAGGAUCUUGCAUCGAGAUGUGCUAUCGGGAUUCUGACAAGCUCUAUGCCGAAGUUUUUGAGAGGGGGCACAAGCUUCUUGAAGAGGCGGCAGAAGUAUUAGGAGUCAAGAGUGCGGGAGGGCCCGACACUGAGCUCGUUGGAAUCAAUACUCUGCAAUGGCCUCGGACAGAGCUUGUGAAGUUACCUAAGGAAGCCCUGAAAUAUGCUAGUCAGGCAUGUGCUGAUGGGACCGAGGGUGGUUAUGCCUUCUUGGCUUCGACCGACUCAAGCUUGGCUACUAUUCAAAAUAUCGAUGCUGCUUCUCCUAAGGUUUCAGUUGCCGAAAUCUCCAAGGAUGUGUUCGUGCUUGAGAAUGAUUGUCUCAAGGUGAAAAUUGAAGGGGGUGCCAUCACGAGUCUGAUCGACCGUGCCAGUGGACGUGAAAUCGUCGCCGAAGGCAAGAAAGCUAACCAACUUGUUAUCAUGGAUGAUAAACCACUUUACUGGCAAGCGUGGGAUGUCGAAGUUUUUCACCUCGAGACACGCAAAGAACUCCCCCCCGGCCACGUUAAAGUCCUUGAGACCGGACCGUUGAAGGCGAGUGUUCUCGUCGAGACGAAGAUCAGUAAAGACAGCUGGAUUAAAACAACGAUAAGUCUUCAAGCUGCUGUCGGCGGAGCAGGAACUUACGUUGAGUUUGACAAUGAAAUUGAGUGGCAAGAGGAUAAGAAGUUCCUGAAGGUCGAAUUUCCAGUUGAUGUACACAAUACCGAGGCUUCAUAUGAAACUCAAUACGGAAUUGUGAGACGGCCAACACAUUACAACACAACGUGGGAUAUGGCAAAGUUCGAAGUUUGCUGCCACAAGUGGGCCGAUUUAUCUGAACAUGGCUUUGGUGUUUCGAUUCUUAACGACUGCAAAUACGGCUUUGCAACCGUCGGUAAUGUGAUGAGAUUGAGCUUAAUCAGAGCACCCAAGGCACCAGAUGCACACGCCGACAUGGGCCGCCACACAUUCCGCUACGCUAUUCUCCCCCAUCAGGGUAUAGUUGGUGAGACAACGGUUCGUACAGCAGCCGAAUUCAAUAACCCCAUAUGCCCAGGUCAUAUGGCUUCCUCCCAUGCUGUAGCCGCACAGAAGUCGCUAGGUACCCUGAGCCUAUCCGGCUCACCAGCUAUCAUACUAGACCAUAUUAAGCGCGGCGAGGAUGAUGAAGACAUUUCCACUGGUGGUUUGCCAACCAGGAAGGGAAAGAGUGCCAUUCUCCGAUUCUAUGAUAGCUUGGGCGGAAGAGCCAGCACUUGUAUUACUACUGAAUUGCCGGUAAAAUGCGCAUAUAAGACAAACCUUCUUGAAGACGACCUGGAGGAGGUAGAGGUCGAGCAUAAAGAGGAAGGCGGUAAAGGGGUGUCGAGUAUCAAGAUUUCUCUGAGACCUUUUGAAGUUGCAACUUAUCGUCUACAAUUUUAA